AUGUACUGUACAGUAUUAUUGAACUUUAUCUUGGUUGUCGUACAUUUCCAAAUUGCGAUGGGAGGCCACUCUGCUGUACAUGUACUAUUCGACAAGACAUUGGGAGAUCAACCUAUACCUCGACCUAUUGAUUGGGAGGAAUUGGAAAAAAUAAAUGAUGUAGAAAGCGGAAUAGCUGAUUUCAGACAAAAUGAAAAGUCACUACAGGCCACAAUAAAUAAGAUUAUUCACAGUCAACCUAAAAGACUUAAAGCGAUCGAAAAAUAUGUGAAGUGUAAAAGUAAACAACAUCACAAAGAAUCCUUCAGCUUAUUUCUCAAAGUCCCUGAUUAUUCAACUCUGAAGAACUGCUUCAUAGAACAAGAAAAGAUUUUAGAAGGACAGAAGUCUAAUAGCAACAAUGAAGUUUGCAAAGCACUUAAGGCAUUCCCUGAACAAGAUAUUCAGGUUCUGAAUUAA